AGUCCAGGUUGAUAUAAUCCAGAUAGAGGCAGAUCCAGUGCAUGUUCAGUGCAGUGAUGAACCUGCUCCUGGCUGAUAUAAUCCAGAUAGAGGCAGAUCCAGUGCAUGUUCAGUGCAGUGAUGAACCUGCUCCUGGCUGAUGCUUGGGCCGAGUGACGCUGUGGCUGCAUCAGCGCGUGGUUGCAGCGCCACUGAUCGAGGAGGAGACGUGUUUUCGCCCUGCUCUCUCCACCAUCACACUGGCUCUAGAUCCUCACAAUGGAAACCAAACCGGUCAUCACCUGCCUUAAAACGCUCCUCAUCGUGUACUCCUUCGUCUUCUGGAUAACUGGAGCGAUCCUGUUGGCAGUUGGAGUAUGGGGGAAGUUGAUGCUUGGCCCGUACAUCUCUCUGAUCGCCGAUAACUCCACCAACGCUCCCUACGUCCUGAUUGGCACUGGGACCGUCAUAAUUGUCUUUGGCCUGUUUGGAUGUUUUGCCACCUGCAGAGGAAGCCCGUGGAUGCUGAAGCUGUACGCCAUGUUUCUGUCCCUGGUCUUCCUUGCGGAGUUGGUUGCUGGGAUCUCUGGAUUUGUGUUUCGCCAUGAGAUUAAAGGAACCUUUCACAGGACCUACACUGAUGCAGUCGCCCACUACAAUGCUGAGGAUGAAGCUAGCCGUGCUGUUGACAACUUGCAGCACAGGCUACGCUGCUGUGGGGUGUACAACUACACCAGCUGGUUCGGCAGUGUCUAUUACCCAUCCAAUGGCAUUCCAGCUAGCUGCUGCUCCAACUCCUCUGACUGCAACCAAGAUGACCUUCGUAAUGCAACUGUGGCCCCAAACAAAGUCUACCACCAAGGAUGCUAUGAGCUGGUUACUUCAUUUAUGGAAACCAACAUGGCCAUCAUUGCUGGAGUGACGUUUGGGAUUGCCUUUUCACAGUUGAUCGGUAUGCUUUUGGCCUGCUGCCUGUCGAGGAUCAUCACAGCCAAUCAGUAUGAGAUGGUGUAGUUUAUACACAGUUGAGGAAAAAGGUAGAAAAACACCACACCUACGAUUAUUGCAAUAUUUUAUUUUUAUUAUUAUUAUUUUGUGUUUAAGGGGUAAAAAAAGAAGAAAGCCAAGAGACAGAGAAGUAAAUUCCCAAAAACAAAUCUCUCUGCCUGGGAUCUUAAUGUAAUAUCUUUAUGUAUCUUACUGUAAAGCAUCAUUCCUUGACUCACUGCUGAAACAUCACAGCUUUUGAUACCACACAUUACCCAUGCACAUUGUAGUUUUUGCCCCUGUCACAUAUGUUGGUGCUUCAAGUAUGUGACUAGGAUUAAAAUGUGGCUUCUUAAACGGUUGGUUACUGCAUGUUCCACUGACCAAGUCAAUGCACAUGAUCACGUUUUUACAAUACCGUGAACCUUGAAGUAAUACUUUGAUAGUCUUUGUUUUUUCAUCAUUGUAUAUUCUUACGGUUUGGAUAUUUUGCGAACUAACUAUUGAUAAUAUUGAGGAAGACAUAAUAAGUUUGAAAAUGAUCAUUAAACAUAAAAAAAUAGUUGAGCAUGAGGGUAUCUUUUAUAUAAAAUUAGUUUACUUGUUGGAUUAAUGCAGGUUUAAAUUCUUUAAAUGUUGCAGAAAACAUGCUCUUUUAAUUCUUGUAUUUUAGACCGUCUUCUUAAAAAAAUAUGUUUUGGUAAAUAAGUAAUUUUGCACACUAUUUAAAAGCAUAAAUAUUUAUGCAGCUCCAGAAUGGCUCCAUGAGUGAACCAAAUAUUUUACUCAAACAUGCUAUUCAUUCUCCACAGCAUAUGGCAUGUUGGUUUAUGUUAAAUAAUUCUGACUUACCUUAAUAAUUGUAUGUAAAGUAUUGUUCUUGCAGCAGUGUGUUAAUGUAUUUGAGGGUUACAUGGAAACUUGGAGUUUCAUUGAGAGUCCACAGUGACAGGACACUGAAACCUUUAGAAACAAUGUUAUGUAGUAGCUUGUUUACAGUAGUUUCACUCAAAUGUAGAUAUGUAUUGGAUAUGUAAUUUAUAUGACGUAUUGUUUCUUAGUCUGACAAUAAAACACUUGUGUUCCAGGUAGGCUGCACUUUGUGCUGUUCAUAAAUACUUGAUAGAUAGUAUAGCAAAUCAUGCAGAAAAUCUGUUGUGGCAAAACUCUUGAGUUAUGUGCAAUUUUAGUUGUUUCAGUUUGAGUGUUUAUAUUUUAUAUUUUUGUCUCACCAAGAAGUAUUUAGUAUGUGAUUAUGAUUUCUAAAUUAUUUGUUUUGUGUGUUUUCUUUUAUGAAAAUACUUUUGUUAAUGUAUCAGCCCUUGGGGUGUAAUAUUUUAAUUUUGAUCAGUAUUUGGUUGUAGCUUGGAUUAAUACAAUUGUGUUGCUUUGAAGAAUGUAUGUUAUUACAAUGAACAGUGUCUGCUCCUCAAUCUGAUCCUGACCUGUAAAUACAAAAUUGCAAUUUCAUCCAGCUUACACACGGGGUCACUAGAGGCCCAAAGAAAUUGUACCAUGCUGUCUACUAUCAACCGAGUCACCAUCAGUGGUCUUAUUAUCAAUAAAUAUUGGAAAUAACA